UUCCUCUCCUCCUCCUCCUCCUCCUCCUCCUCCUCCCAACAUAAUGGCUAAUUCUGCGACUCCAUCAUCAAUGUCUUCGCCAUUUCUUGACGCUCCUCUCCAUGCCGUUGGGUUCCAGAUUGAAGAGUUGUCGGCGGAGAGAGUCAGUGGCCGCCUCCCCAUCACCGAAAAAUGUUGCCAGCCGUUCAAAGUAUUACACGGGGGGGUGUCGGCGCUGAUAGCGGAGUCGCUGGCGAGCAUAGGAGCCAACUUGGCUAUGUCAGGGCUUCGUAGGGUAGCCGGAGUCAACCUUAGCAUCAAUCAUCUCAAGCGAGCCGAUCUCGGCGACCUCGUCCUUGCUGAAGCCACCCCUCUUACCGUCGGAAGAACCAUUCAGGUGUGGGAGGUUCGACUGUACAAGGCGGAUCCUGCUACCUCAGAGAAGAAGUCAAUGGUAGCAUCCUCUAGAGUUACACUUCUAGCCAACAUGCCACUACCAGACAAUAAUAAUAGUGCUAAGAUUGCUGCUCUAAACAUCCGCAACCAUGCUGCUGCUGCUGCUGUUACCAAUUCCAAACUAUGAUAUCAUCAUCAAUUCACUCACCCAAUUCCAUCCAUCUUCCUCUGCUGCCGACUGCUCUACUCAUAUUUUGAAUUAUUGUCUCUUUCCAAUAAUUUUACAUCACAACAAGAUAGACAGACAGAUAGAUGAUGCACCACCACUCUCUCCAUUACUCAUCAUUUUCACAUGUCAAUAAAUCUGUCAACCACUCUUGAAUUGCAAAAGUAAGAAUCCACUAUAUUCACUUUCUUAA